ACAUACGGAACAAGUAUCAUCAGCUUCAAGUGUGAAAAGUUUUUCUCUUCACCACCACGCCGCAACCCCCACCCACCCACCCACACGCCCUACCACCACCACCACCACCACCAACUCCAACUCCCUCUGCUGCAAACCUGCAUGCAUGGGUCUUGUAAACUCUCUGUUCUUCGUCCUCAUCGCCAUCGCAGGUUUAGCCAUCCAAGCCCACUGCGAUUACAGUGCAGAUUACCCUCCUGGUCCCUCUGCAAACUUGUCCACUGUCUGGAAAAGUGGUACAAACCACCAACCAGGAAGUUUUUACACCGUCGAUCCUUUGAUCACAUGCCCUGUCCCAGGGAAUCAGAGUCUUAUCUUCGCUGCUGGCUUCUACUGCGCAAAACCAUGUAACUCAUACGUCUUUGGAGUAUUUGUAGCUGUUUUUUCAAACCAUACAGGCGAAUUUUUGCCGAACUAUCAGCCAAUUUGGAUUGUGGACCCAAUAGUAGUUGUCUGGUCUGCAAACCGCGACCACCAGGUCCAGCUGAAUGCUACCCUCAAUUUCACCUCCGGUGGUGAUUUGGUUCUUCAGGAUGAUGACAACAGCCUCGUUUGGUCUACCAACACAUCAGGCCAGUCUAUUGCUGGGAUGACCAUCACUGAGCUCGGCAAUCUGGUGCUCUUCGAUCAACAUAACAGGUCAGUUUGGCAGUCAUUUGAUCACCCCACAGAUACUUUGCUUCCUAGGCAGCCAGUGUUGGAAGGAAUGAUUCUGAGGCCUAACUCCUCCUUUGCAGACUGGACUGUCAGCAAUCAAUUUUACUUUACUGUUCUUUCUGAUGGUCUAUACGCUUUUGUUGGGUCAGCCCAACCUCAGCAAUACUAUGCAUUUGCGGCAUCUAUCGGAAACAACAGAUAUUUCACUCUUGUAAAUGGGAGUCUGGCGAUGGUUGAUGCAUCCUCGUCAACGCUGAAGCCACAACUACUGCUAGAUUUCAAACUGCCUCUAUCUUCGUCUUUUCAGUGCAUCAGAUUUGAGUAUGACGGCCAUCUCAGGGUAUAUGAAUGGGUGGCAGACGAACGGCUGCAGAUGAGCUUGGUAGCACAUGAUUUGUUUCAGUUAGAGUACUGUGAUUACCCAACUGCAUGUGGGGAGUAUGGCAUUUGCUCAAGAGGUCAGUGCUCAUGCCCGACAGCACCUGAUGCAGCAUACUUUAGGCAGAUUGACUACCGGACACCCAAUCUUGGUUGUGCACUGGAGACCCCAAUUUCUUGCCAAUCUAUGCAAUAUCAUCAACUCAUAGCUAUACCCAACAUUUCUUACUUUUAUUACAACUAUUCCAUAGAGGCAGAACUGGGUGACGAGGAGAGCUGUAGGCGCUCCUGCUUGACCACUUGCUCAUGCAAAGCUGCCAUGUUUCGCUCCUAUGGUAAUAUUAACGGUGGUGGUGGUUGUUCCUUGGUAACAGAAGUCCUUUCGCUGCAGGUCGAUCAGUUCAAACAAGUAUAUCAUAACGAUUCAGCAUAUCUGAAGAUCCAGGUGAGACAACCACAUCAAACAGCAAAGAAGAGAGUGCUUUUAGGUCUCCUGCUUGCAGGAUCAAUUGCUUUAUCCAUCCUACUUAUUUUUUCCUUGGAGAUAAUACGAAGAAGGCGAAAGCAAGAAAAAGAUGAUGAGGACGAAUUUGCCAACAUACCUGGAAUGCCCAUGAGAUUGACCUUUGAGAAGCUGAAAGUAGCAACCAAAGAAUUCAGCGACAAACUAGGUGAAGGAGGAUUUGGCUCAGUUUUCAAGGGGCAGUUAGGCGAUGAGACUGUUGCUGUCAAACAGUUGGAUAGAGCUGGUCAGGGAAAGAAGGAAUUCUCGGCAGAAGUUCAGAUAAUUGGUUGCAUCCAGCACAUCAAUUUGGUCAAGCUGAUUGGCUUCUGUGCAGAGAAAACACAUAGGCUCUUAGUUUACGAGUAUAUGUCGAGAGGGUCGCUAGAAAAGUGGAUCUAUUACAAAGAGAACAAUGCUCCCCUUGAUUGGUGUACAAGACGCAGGAUUGUCACCGACAUUGCUAAGGGCCUCUCUUACCUUCAUGAGGAUUGUAGGCAUAGAAUUGCUCAUCUUGACAUCAAGCCACAGAACAUCCUCUUAGAUGACAGCUUCAAUGCAAAGGUGUCUGAUUUUGGGCUGUCCAAGCUGAUAGACAGGGAUGAAAGUCAAGUAGUGACCAGAAUGAGGGGAACACCUGGGUAUAUGGCACCUGAGUGGUUGACAUCUCAAAUUACUGAGAAAGUUGAUGUCUACAGCUUUGGUGUUGUGGUCAUGGAAAUUAUCAGCGGAAGAAAGAAUCUGGACUACUCUCAACCCGAAGGCAGCGUACAGCUCAUUACCUUGCUGCAAGGGAAGGCAGAGAAUGGGCAGCUGGAAGAUAUGAUCGAUGAAAACAGUGAUGACAUGCGCUUACACAAGGAGGAAGUGGUUGAGGUUAUGAAGCUUGCAAUGUGGUGUUUGCAGAGUGACAAAAACAGAAGGCCUGCCAUGUCAUUGGUGGUGAAGGUCAUUGAAGGAGAGAAGGAUGUGGAAGCUAACUUGGAUUACAACUUCUUUGACCUAAGCCCUGCAAUCUCUGUUCCAGUUUGUCGGUCCACUUCUUCAGCUCCUCCUGCAGCAUCAAUUCUCUCUGCCCCCAGAUGAACUUGUAAAAGGACUGUGUGACAUGCAGUUCCAUAUUUGCUAUCGCUGUUUUGUUUGUAUCCAAGAAUAAAUCUUCAUAUUGGUGGAACAGCAAAAGCAAUUUGUUUCACACCUGUGCCUAGACCAUGAAAAUAUUUAUUAA